AUGAGCUCAGCAGCCGGCGCAUCACCUUCUGGCAGUGCUUCAUUCCAUCCCGUGUCGCAUGAUGAACACAAGGCGCCACUGGUGAACAGCAGCAACACGCUUCCUCCUUCCGCCCCACACCCACUAACACCACCGUCUGUUGAAGUGCUUCCGACAGUGCUGCCUCAGCCUCCUACAGCGGUCGACUACGCUACCCGGGACACUGAUGCACCUAUGGGCCUUUCUGCGCGCUCGGAUACGCAAAUUACGACAACGGUGGAAGGGCAGGAUGUUGAUGCCAGUAUGACGGUGGAGGGAGAGUUUGUGUCGAAUACGAUGGCGGAGGAGACGCUGGUUGAGGGUGACCCGGAGGAGGUGCUGGUGCGGAAGAUAGCGCAUGUGAAGGGCCCAUCGUCGAGCAGCUUUGGGUUCCCUCCUCGGGAAAAUCCCCUAGAACAAGUCUUGGAGGCCCCACCUUCAACACAGCAUGGAUCAGCAGAAGGAGAAUCUACCACAACAAUAACAACAACAGCUACCGCAACGCACUGGAAUCCUCUGCAUCCUCUUGGCCAGGAGACGACUGAAAAGGAGGACGACCAUAUCUACCACGACAAAGACAAAACAGUCAUUGUAGAGGAGGACGAGGACGAUAUCGUGGAUUCGAAAGGCCGGCUGAUGUUCCCUGACGAGACGAAGGAGACGACGCAGACUCCUGGAGGGAUAUUGCGACCCUCACCUGCUGCGUCACGUCGCGCCUCGCAUCUACGGUUAGACCUGAAGCCGCCGUCUCCACAGCCAUGGGACCAUAUCGACCCACCGCUAGAUAAUAACCUCAAGGCGAUUGCGGGGUAUUACUCGCCUGGAACGACGAAGUUCAGGACCCUACAGAGUGCUGGCGGCCCUCGCCCUAUGAUACCCAAGUCUUCAUAUUAUUUUGGGCCACCACCACCCGACUCGGCGUAUGGUACAGCACCGACAGGCCAGAUUGGCGUGCACCAUCCACGCGAGAUCCUGCGUGUGGAGAGAGACUACACAGGCGGAGAACUCAUUCAGUUCGCGCCAAUAUACCCGCUAGAACUCGAGAACCGAAUAACACCCACCCAAUUCCUUGAAUCCAUUAAUGCGAUCAACGAAAUCCUCAUUUCGGCUCACAGUCUUCGACAUUCGUUCCUUGACAACGUGUUGGCGGUGUUUAGCCUGCAAUUGUCGACGCUCUUCAAGAAGCCUCAUUGGGAAAAGGAGCUGGAACGACUUCGGCGACUGAUUGACGAUCUCAACGCCGAGAUGUACAAUCCCGUUGGGCUCAAUAUCUUGUGGCCACGCAACGUGGCUUUCCUAUAUUUGGAGAUCGAGUACUACUGA